UAUCAAUAUUCGAGUAAUUCGAGUGCGCCUAAAAAUUAAAAAAUUUCAUGAUCGAGAAAUGUAUCGAAUUUUUAAUAAAUAACUUGGUUUCUAGUUCAGUUGUUUGUGUGUUUUUAUAAACUGCAACUCAGUUUGAUUAACAUAACGCUACUAUUUGUUAAGACAAGUACCUAAUAGAUCAGUUCAAUUUUCUAAGUAUUUUCAUUGCAUAGUGAAUUCCAAUGCUUCAGUAUUCAUUUUGAGCAGACGAAAAAACUGUUUGCAGUUCAUGAAACGGAAUCUCAUCAUCGGUUUCCUAUACGUGCAGCUCUUGAAAUAAAUUUCAUCUUUGGUCAUCAAGUAGUCUCAGAUCGAAUCGCGAAAUGUCUAAUUCGUGUACCACUGAUAUUCGAGUCGACGAAUUGGAAUUCACGUGGAUUAUUAAUCAUUUUGCUUUCCACGUGAUAAAAGCAAAAGCAUUGCAAUCAUUGCCCUUUUCAUCGGUUACAAACAAGGAAUUUAAGUGGAUUCUGACACUCGAACUUGAUAAACUUGUACCGAAUGAAAAAGAUGAUAUUCCACUAUAUUUGUAUUUAAUUAGCCGCAGCAAAAAAGCAAUCGCAAGACUCUCCUUUACAGCUUACGGUGAUCAACAUAAAAAACUAAUUAGAACAGCGCGCGAUAUUAUAGCAUAUGACGGCACGUCGGUCACAAAUUGGGGUUGGAAACGUUUUUUAAAAUACGAUCAAAAUAUCAAAAAUUCUCUAACUGAGGAUAAACUGACAAUUGUUUGCAAGGUAGAAUUCUCCGAGAUGAAUGAAGUAAGCGAAACUUCUCAGCGUUGUGAACCCGAAGUUCCCAAGUGCAAUACUCUUUCUGAAGAUUUCGAAUCGUUGUUAAAAAACCAAGAGCUCGUAGACGUUAAGCUUUAUGUCAUAAAUAAAGAUUAUCCAGCCCAUAAAUCCAUUUUGGCUGCUCGAAGCCCGGUUUUCGCAGCCAUGUUCAGACACAAAACGACAGAAAACGAAGAAAAUCGCGUAAUUAUUAAAGAUAUCGGCGAAGACGUUAUGGAUGAAAUGUUGAGAUACAUUUAUACGGGAAAAUGCGAGAAUGUUGAUAACAUGGCGUACGAAUUAAUGGAAGCUGCUGAUAAAUACGCGUUGGAUGGAUUAAAAAUGAUUUGCGGCGAAGCAUUAUGCAAAACGUUGACCGUGGAAAAUGCGUCCAAUAUUUUAGUAUUGGCAGAUCUGCGUGGAAUGAAAGAUCUAAAAACUAAAGUGAUUACAUUCAUAAGUUCUAAUUUCGCCAAAGUAUUGGACACGGAAACUUGGAAGAAUAUUUUAGCGGCGUAUCCCGAAUUAGUGAACGAAGUUUGUAAGGGAGUAGCUAGUAGGUAGACAAUUGAUCGUCAAUGAGAGAUCGCCAUUUAAUAUUUAUUUUAAACAUAAUUAUAAAAUUAAAUAUCUAGGUAGAUAUCUUUAUCAUUUUUCAAAAGAGAUACCUACACGAUGCUCUGUAAAUAAGUAUAAAAAUAUCGAUGUAGCUGGGGUACUUGAUAUCUAAGUGUACAUAUACCUACUCAUAAUAUUGUAA